CCUAUCCAUCACUACUUUUUCAUUUCGUUUACAAAUCGUUACUCAUCGUCUGUCAAUAAAUAUCUGGAUGGCGGAUGAUGUUCUUCUAGAGAACCCAACUAAGUCAACCCCUCCGUAGAAGUAAACGUCGUAGACAAGCCCAUAGUCCAUCAUCAGCGAUUCGAAAUGGACAGCAUCGGUCGUUGUCUCUUGGUAUUUUCUUCGCUUUCAUAUCUUAUGUCUUGAGUCUACGAAUGAACCGUAGACGUUCCACGAACAAAAGAGCGACAAAACUAGCCGCCGCCGUUUAUAUCGUUGCUGCUUCCGUCAUUGGUUUUGCAUUGAAUUACGCGAUGGCUAUUGAUAACUACGUUGAUGAUGAUGAAUACGCAUUGAUGGGCGAGCAACACUCAUGGUCAUCGAAUAUCCUUGGAAACUUGUGCUGUCUCCAAGCAUUCAAUUUUGAUGGAGGAGGAGAAGUACUUGAAGGCUCUGCUUUCGAUGUGAUCGUCGUCGAAGGCGAGGACGGAAAAUUCCACCAAAACUCUGACUUCUUGGUGAGUUUUAAGGGUGCAAACGAAGCCGAUGGUAAUAACACCCACAAUAUCGUGAUGGAAGUGAACCACCAUGCUGGAACAAAGGCAUGGUUUCCGAUCAUCCGGCAGCAUUCCAAACCUAACGACAAUAAUGAACCUGACACCGAUGAAGACAAAGAGAGUAAUACUUUCGAUGAAGAAAGAUUCUGGGGAUGCUGUCACCCAUCUGCGGGUAACAUUCAACCGGGUAUGCUUUCUAAAUUCAAAGAUGGGGCAGUCGAAAGCAACGACGACCCGUCCUCUACUCUGAAAGCGUUUUUAAAACCUGGAAGGAAUCCUAUAAGAUACUUGCUACUGGAUGAUCAGCAGGUAGUGGGAAUUGCUCACGCACACAUAUAUUUGUGGAAGCACGACGAUUCCGUUGUCAUUAGCGAUAUCGACGGAACGAUAACAAAAUCAAACGCACGAGGCGUUCUCGGUACAAUCAUUACACAACGAUACGAUAAGGUAUGCCACGCGGGAAUCUGCCAAAUCUUGUCAAAGUUGUCACUUUCUUCGCAAGUUGUAUAUUUGACAUCAAGGCCAAUAGGCCUUGCAAAUCAAACGCGCAAGUUUUUAUCAACCCUUAAACAAGGAAACGAGACUCUACCAAUUGGACCCUUGCUCGGCUUUGGAGGGAAACUACCGCAGCUACUGAUCAUGGAGAUAGUUACAAAGAGUACUCAAAAGUUUAAAGCAAAAAAAUUGUGGGAUAAUGUCGUUCAACCCUUUCGAAAAGCGACUAACAAUGAUCCUAAGUCUCCAUCUUUCGUUGCAGGUUUUGGAAACAACUUCAUGGAUAUGCAAUCCUACCACGCCAUAGGUUUGGAUUUGGAUAGGAUCUUUAAAAUCAACAAAAAGUCCCAGAUUGUCACCUUCGAUAAAGAAAACAUUACUUCACAAAAUAGCAAUGGCGACUUUUCCUUCCCUCCGCACCAGUGGUACAAGGAUCGCAUAGGGACCAAAUUUGAUGGCUACACGGAUUCCGAGUUGGUCGAUCGUAUUUGUCCCGAGUUGACUUAAUGUCUGUACAACUGUGACUGCGUUAAGAUAAACGAUUUAGGAAGAUGCCGAACAAUCGCAACAUACAUCAACUGCACAGAAUAUGAUGACUACGAUAUUUCUUUUUCGGAAGGAACAAUAAUAGUAUUUGUCAUUUUAUUAGGAUAAAGCACCUGUGUUCCAAUAUUCACAAUGAUUGCUAGGAUUGCACGCUAUGGUGUAUGCUCAGCAGCGUUUACAAUUACACUAAAUAGAAGUAUUUUUUUAAA